ACGUUAAAAAUAUGUUCAGUAUAAUAGUGUGUCCAGAUUUAAAUGUCAGCGUGAAUGUCUCAGCACCAGAUGUUUCGGACAAUGGAAGUCUUGAGAAACAAAACGGGUCAGAAUUAGAACCCAGAAAUAUGCUGUAUCUGGUGAUGGCAUCGUUAGGUGUGGUGUUGCUUGCUGCAUUGCUGGCUAUUGUCGUUGUGAGGUUCAGACGUCAACAUUCUUAUAACAGAAAAACUUGUAAACAUAAGAAAAGCAAGGCUGAAAUGGAGGUGCUCAAUAACUUGUACGGUCUACAGGACAUUAAACUCUACUGUAACAAUACAUAGUGUGUGAUGUGGGAUGGUGGGGGUGUUCUCUUUCAGAGUAUCAUGCACGUGUGUGUGGCAGAG